UGUAGGUUAAGCGACACCGUUUCAGGCCAAACUCUAAAAUCUAAAAACACAAUCCACGGAAGGAACAGUGAGGGAACGAAUCCUCAAUCUAAAAUCUCAAAUUGAUCGAAGCGUCAAUGGAAUUGGAAAGCUGUUUCACUUUCAAAGUCUCUUUCAAACUUAUUAAAAGGUCCAGUAGGAAGAGAGCAAAGCAAUCUUCAGCUCUUCUUCCUGAGGGGAUUAUCACUGGCUGAGGUGAUCGAAGAAGAAAGAAGAUGUUGGACAGCUUCGAUACCCCACCGCUUCCCAACUUUGAGUACAAGUGAGGAAAAAAAAAAAAGAUGUUUUGUGUAUUUUACCAGUACCCGGUACCUGUGCAAGUUAGAUCAAUUGUGACUUCAAAUUGACUGAAGUGGUAAUUCUUGAGGAAAUUGAUGAUUCUGAGGAGUGAGGUGUUAGUAUGAAGAAAGGGGUAUGCUAUCGAUGUUUCAAGGGAAACCGGUUCAUGGAGAAAGAGGCUUGCAUUGUUUGUGGAGCCAAUUAUUGUUAUGACUGUGUGCUGAGAGCAAUGGGGUCAAUGCCAGAAGGAAGGAAAUGUGUUACUUGCAUUGGUUUUAGGAUUCGUGAGGCUAGGCGAGGGAAAUUGGGGAAGUGUUCUAGGUUGCUCCAGAGGCUGCUUACUGAUUUGGAAGUUAAAAAUAUAAUGAAUGCUGAGAUGCUAUGUAAAGUGAAUCAGGUGCCACCAGAGCUUGUUUUUGUGAAUGGUGAGACCCUUAGUAAAGAUGAGCUCUACCAAUUACAAAACUGCAAAUACCCACCAAAAAAGCUGAGACCAGGAUACUAUUGGUAUGACAAAUAUUCUGGUUUCUGGGGAAAGGAAGGACAAAAGCCUUCCCAGAUCAUUACCUCCCAGCUAAAUGUUGGGGGCCACAUCAAGACGAAUGCUAGCAACGGAAACGCAAAAGUAUGGAUAAACAGCAGGGAGAUAACUAAAGAAGAGCUUUGGAUGCUAAAGUCAGCUGGGGUGCAUUGUGAAGGAAAACCUCACCUUUGGGUGAGUGAAGACGGGACAUAUGAGGAAGAGGCAAAUAAGAAAGAAAAGAGUAAAAUAUGGGACAAGACGAGAACAAAGCUGGUUUGCACAGUUUUGUCUCUGCCAGUUCCUCCUGGUUCUGAAAAUCCUUCAGAGAAAGAAGUGAAUGGAGAAAUCCGAGACAACCUUGCACAGAAAUCUAUUCAUAAAUUUCUUUUAGUUGGUUAUGACAAAUCUGGCACAAGUACGAUAUAUAAACAGGCCAAGAUUCUGUAUGGUAUUCCUUUCUCUGAAGAUGAGCGCCAAACUAUCAAGUUAUUAAUCCAAAGAAAGUUAUUUGGAUAUCUCGGAAUACUUCUUGAGGGACGAGAACAAUUUGAAGAAGAAAGUUUGCUUGAGAAGAGGAAAAGAUGUGUUAUCAAUAAGUCUGGACCUUCAGGUGAUACAAUUCAGAUUGAUGAUACAACAAUCUAUUCUGUUGGGGCAAGAGUGAGAGCUUUCUCAGAUUGGCUCCUUCAAGUUUUGCUGUCAGAUAAUUUGGAAGCCAUAUUUCCAGCUGCUACUUGUGAAUAUGCACCAUUUAUUGAGGAGAUGUGGAAGGACGCAGCCAUUCAAGCCACAUACAACCGGAGGAAUGAAUUACAAAUGCUACCUAGAGUAGCUACUUAUUUCCUAGAUCGGGCUGUUGAGAUUUCUAGGACAGAUUACGAACCCUCUGACAUGGACAUCUUGUAUGCUGAUGGGAUUAACUCAUCCAAUAGCCUUACUUGCGUGGAUUUUUCAUUUCCCAAGUCAACACAAGAUGAUUCACUGAGAAUUUUCAGGUACCAACUAAUUAGAGUGCAUCCCAGAAGCCUAGGAGAACACUGCAAGUGGUUGGACAUGUUUGAAGACACUGAUAUUGUCCUGUUUUGUGUUGCCUUGACUGACUAUGACGAAUAUUCUGUUGAACGUAAUGGAGUUUUAACCAACAAGAUUUUGGCAAGCAAAAAGCUCUUCGAAAGCAUAGUCACUCAUCCAACACUUGAGAACAAGAACUUCCUUUUGAUUCUCAACAAGUUUGACCUGCUUGUGGAAAAGAUCGAACAGGUCCCUCUCACACAUUGUGAAUGGUUUCGUGACUUCAAGCCUGUUGUCAGCCCGAAAUGUCACAACAGCACUUACCCCUCGUUGGCUCAACGUGCUUCCCACUAUAUAGGAAUGAAGUUCAAGGAACUUUUCCGUUCUCUUACAGAUAACAAGUUGUUUGUUUCACUAGUGAUCGGGUUGGAAAAUGACACAGUAGAUGAAGCUCUUAGAUAUGCAAAGGAGAUUAUCAUGUGGGAUGAAGAAGAGGAACCCUACUUAAAUUUCGAGUUGUCUUCUACUGACAGUGAGGCAAGCUCCUUGUGUGUUUUGCUCGAAAAUGACUCGUCAGACUAGUAGCAUUUUUUCACAAAAUUUUGUACGUACUCACACAAAGCUUGUAUAGGAGAACAGAAUAGAGAGUCUGUUUAGAUAUUUUUGACAUAUAUGAAAGCUAGAUUUUUUUUUUAAUUUUUUCUUUUCAAAAUGUUAGAAUUGAAGUCUUGUAGGACCUUGCAGAUUUAACAAGUAGAAGAAUGUGUUCUUAUGUGUCCUUAAUGCUGACCCUUUGAUAUUUUAGAAUGGUCACAAAUAUCUGUAGGAAUAUUCAAAAUUGUAUGCCUAUGUGUUGCUUUCUGAUGAUUUUGCAUAAUGGAGGCAACGUUUGUGCU